GAGGCCGCAUGAAUGCGGGAGAUAGGGGGCAGCGUCACCCCUCGCGCUGUUGCUCCCGCAGGAUGCACAAUCGGGCUGGCUCUGUCCCAACCGAACGUGAGGCCCCGCCCCGUUUCUUGGUUCAGAAUCUCGAAUCCCUUCUAGCAUCUUCCCCUCUCUUCACUGGGCCUUUGGUAUGCCCCAGGGGACAGAUGUCUUGGGAUCUUUAACAUUUGGGAUGCUGCAAAUGCCGAAGUUAAAUGAAAUACCUCCGGGGAGGGGAGGCCCGGGGGAGCCUUGGGGAGAGGGAAGAUGGGCGGGACCAACAGGUCCUGAAGCUGCGCGACCGGCGCGGGGGGCGCGGGGGCAGGCGCGGGGCGCCAGAGCUCGGUGGGACAGCUGGGAAAACUCCAGACUACCUACACAUCCUGGCCCAGGCUGGGACCGGCGCAGCCCCUCCUUCCUCUGUGCCCCCUCUUCCCAGAAACUCAUCAUGGAGGGUAAGGAUGAAGUCAGCGACUCCGACAGCGGCAUCAUCCUGCAGUCUGGCCCGGACAGCCCUGUCUCUCCAAUGAAAGAGCUGACCAAUGCAGUGCGCAAGCAGCAGAGGGCUCUGGAAGCGAGGCUGGAGGCCUGCCUGGAGGAGCUGCGCAGACUCUGCCUGAGAGAGGCGGAGCUGACUGGGACUUUGCCGGCAGAGUAUCCCCUUAAGCCUGGUGAGAAGACCCCCAAGGUCAGGCGCAGGAUCGGAGCAGCGUACAAGCUGGAUGAGUGGGCCCUCCACAGAGAGGACCCUCUGAGCAGCCUGGAGCGCCAGUUGGCUCUGCAGCUUCAGAUUACCGAGGCGGCUCGCAGGCUGUGUGCAGAGGAGAACCUCAGCAGACAGACACGUCGGCAGCGGAAGCACGCUGCGCUGCAGGAGGAGAAGAAGCUGCGGGACCUUCAGCGUUGCCUGGGUGAUCGGCGGCGGAACAGUGAGCCCCCUCCUACCACUGUGCCCUCCCUGGGCAGAGAGCUCAGUGCCUCUGACGACAGCUCCUUGUCUGAUGGGCUGCUCCUGGAGGAAGAAGACUCUCAAGCGCCAAAACCUCCCCCAGAGUCACCGGCACCACCUUCACGGCCUCUCCCACCCCAGAGCCUUGAGGGCCUGCAGCCAGCAGGACCUGAAUCUGGCGGCCAGGACCCGGCUCCCAUCCAAAACAGUCCCUGGAAGGAGACCAGCCUGGACCACCCCUAUGAGAAGCCAAGGAAGUCUUCGGAGCUCAGUAGCGAGUCCAGCAGCCCGGCCACCACUCCUCAGGACCAGCCCAACCCUUCCAGCCUGUGGGUGCCGGAUGCUCCCUCUUACCAUGUGGUCCCCAUCCGAAAUGUUCCCGGCCAGCGUCAGGGCCGCACCAGUGCCCCAGCCACUCCUGAGAUGCAGGGCAGGAGGGGCCAGUCACAGUCUCUGAGGGUGGACUCCUUCCGAGCAGGUGCGGAGGGCCGAGGUCGCAGUGCCUUUCCCCGCCGCCGCCCCACUCAUUACACAGUGACGGUGCCAGACUCCUGCUUCACACCCGGCAAGCCCCCACUGCCACACCCUGCCUGCCACUCCUGCUCUGAAGACAGCGGCUCUGAUGUCUCCAGCAUCUCCCAUCCCACCUCACCUGGCAGCAGCAGUCCAGACAUCUCCUUUCUGAGGCCCCUCUGUCCCCCUGAGCCACCUCGCCACCGUGGGGCCUGGGGCCCAGCCUGUGUCAGAGAGCUGGCCACUCAUUACCCUAAACUUCUGCUACCCGCUGGGUACUUCCCAACGGGGCGCUAUGUGAUGGUGGCCGAGGGCCACCUUCCGCCGGGCGAGUGGGAGCUGUGUCGUGCAGCCGUGGGUGCUGCCUAUGACGAGGAAGGUGCACCCCUGCGUUACCAGCGACUGGUGCCCUCCCACAGCCGCAUUGUGCGCACACCCUCACUAAAGGACAGUCCUGCGGGCCGGGGACUCAGCAAGGCAGCAGUCUCAGAGGAGCUCAAGUGGUGGCAUGAACGCGCACGUCUCCGGAGCAGCCGCCCCCACUCGCUCGACCGCCAAGGGGCUUUCCGUGUUAGGAGUCUGCCUCCUGGGAGGGAGAGCUUCGGGCGGGCCUCCGGACCCCGGACACAGGUGCCCGCCGUGUGCGUACUCCGGAGGUCGACAGACGGGGCCCCAGUGCAAGUCUUUGUGCCUGAGAAUGGAGAGAUCAUAAGCCAAGUGUAACUCUUCCGAACGCCUUGCCUCGUGCCUCGUGCGGGAAAAGACUUCUAUUGGAGCUGGAGUCCAGGACCCCCUCACCCCUAAGUGCUUCUUUCGGCUCCCCUCCCCUCAUCGCGGGCCGAUGACGCAGAGCUGAAACCUUUGGUUUUUUUUACAUGUGUUUCCCAGAAGUCCUGACCUGAGGAUUUAUAUCUGUGAUUUGUCUUAUUCUUUAAUGACAUGCUUUAUCCCCCAGAGUCUGUCUGGCCUUUUGGACUAAUGUCGAGCUGGACUCAUGGACAGCAUUUGUCUCCUUAUGCAGGACAAGUGGCAUAGAGGGCCCCUCGAGAUGCCCCAGAUGCUCUGGGCCCUCUUUCUGAGAUCCCCGUUGCUUCUUAAGGCUGGAGGCAGGAUGUGGGCUCCCCCCACAGGGGCUCUUCCCUUGUCCCCAGACGCUGGACAGAGCUCUCCUCUCCCUUUCAUGUGCUCUGUGACGCACACCCAGGGCACGGGCCAUUCCUGCCAUGGUGUUCUUCCCACACCCUACAGUAGCCCCAACCUCCACCUGCCAUACUGUAUGGCUUCUGAGCCCCUUUCCCAGUGCAUAGACCCCCCCCCCAUCCCAGGGUAUUCUCUGGAUCCCUAAGUGCCUUAGAUCCCAAGCCACAGAGCUGAGAGACUUCUGAGGGCUAGUGCCUCCCCACACCCGAGCGUCCUUCACAUUAAUUAACUUAUUGGUCUUACCCAACAGCUAUCUCGUGUGGUUGCACCGUGGCGGUGCCCUUGGUUGCAGGGCUGAGACUGUGCAACCUUGUGCCAAAUACUUCAAUAAAAUCUGAUUGGCCCAGCUGA